GCCCGCGCUCCCGGGAAGUCUCGCGAUGCGGUAGCCGGCUGCUCCUGCUGCGGGUGGCUCCGGCUGUUGCUGUGGUUGCCGGAGUUGCGGCGGCGACGGCGGCAGCGCUGGCGGCGGCGGCGCUGGCGGGGGUGGCGGCCCCGGCGGAUGUUGACAUUGUGUUGUUGUUCCUGCCCACGGUAAUGGCGGCGGCGGCAGCAGCGGCGGCGGCCGGGACCAGGUCUCCUCAGUAGCCAGAGCCGACACUGCCGAGCGCCAGCUCCGCGGCCUCCGCGCCCGCCGCCUCACCAGCCGUUCCCCGCGGCCGCCCCAGAGCCAGGGCCCCGGGCGGGGGGCUCGCAGGCGCGGGAUGGCGGAUUUCGAUGAAAUCUACGAGGAGGAGGAGGACGAGGAGCGGGCCCUGGAGGAGCAGCUGCUCAAGUACUCGCCCGACCCGGUGGUGGUCCGCGGCUCCGGUCACGUCACCGUAUUUGGACUGAGCAACAAAUUUGAAUCAGAAUUUCCUUCUUCAUUAACUGGAAAAGUAGCUCCUGAAGAAUUUAAAGCCAGCAUCAACAGAGUUAACAGCUGUCUUAGGAAGAACCUUCCUGUCAACGUGCGGUGGUUGCUCUGUGGCUGCCUGUGCUGCUGCUGCACGUUAGGGUGCAGCAUGUGGCCAGUUAUCUGCCUCAGUAAAAGAACACGAAGAUCGAUUGAGAAGUUAUUAGAAUGGGAAAACAAUAGGUUAUACCACAAGCUGUGCUUGCACUGGAGACUGAGCAAAAGGAAAUGUGAAACGAACAACAUGAUGGAAUAUGUCAUCCUCAUAGAAUUUUUACCAAAGACACCGAUUUUUCGACCAGAUUAGCAUUUGCUUUAUUUAUAGAGACUUUCCAAGUGUGUUGUCUUUCCAAUGGUGCCUUGCUUGGUGCUCUCCUGCUGGUGAAAUGAUGCUGGUUCUACAGAGUCGGGUGGUGUUUUUGUUUGUUUUGUUUUUUAAAUAACCGCAUGUUCUAUGUGUGCAUAUUUGUCAAACUUUGCAAGUUAUUUCAUACAGAUGUUUAAUACUUAAGUUAUUGUGCUCUUUUCUGUUAUAUAUUCUGAUUUUCAAGGAUUACUUUUUGUAUUCUCAAAAAAAUACAUUCGAACUUAGCAUAAAAAUGGCCAGCCUUUGUUAUUUUGUCAACAAGGUUCACAUAAUAGUCCUUUACUAGUCAAUUCCUUAACAUAGAAAAACAUAUUAUUAUCUGUUAUGACAUGCUCAUGUACUUUUUUUUUUCUUCCCUUUAGAAUUUGCCACACUAGUUAUUAGAAAACUAUAAGUUUUCUCAUAUAUUCUUUUGGGCCCUGAGCUGACCUUUCCCAGGAACCUCAUGGUUCCCGAUGCUUUGUCUCAGUAGAUACAACUUAGCCUUAUGAAGAACUAGCAGUGGUUUUGAAAAUGCCUUGGUGAUUUCUCUAGAGUAGACACAUCCCAGAGGCUGUGCGUGCACCUACGGUUGCGAGAGUCAGGCUGCUCAGUCUCCCGAGCUCAGUGCACAGGGCAGUGAGCAGGCUGUGCUCCAGUUAUUGUCGACUGCUCAGCACAUCUUACCCACAGAAGUAGAGAGUUGUCCCUUUUAAAGUUAAAAGUAAAACAGAGGUCCCAGUCUAACAUAAUUGUAGAAUGGGUGUGCUUCUGAAUAGUUUGGAAAGAAAACAAAGUUCUAGAAUUAAAAAAUCACCUGAGAUUUAAUACCCCACUGGUAUAUAGUUAUGUAUGUAGAGAUAGUCACUAAGAAACGGAGGCCACAUCUAAUACUAUUUCAGUCUCCCAUUUACUCUCAUCUAGCUAUGUACUUUUUUGAUUGAAAAUUGGAUAUUUAAGUUCAGAUCAGGUUAGCUUGUUGCUUUUAAAUAUACACUUACAUGUAUUUUUUUUUUUUUCUGUUUGGUUGUACAUAUCUCCACACUAUAGAUUUCUGGAUGACCUAUGUGUAGACUUUGUUUUUUAUAAGCCUAAAAUUAUACACAUUUUAAUGUGUGUCAAGAACUUGUUCCAUACAGUUGUGGUAUAGAGCAAUAAUGUGAAUAAUGUUUGAAAUUAUAUAAACUAUGCUUAAUAAUUUGUAAAAAUAAUUGGUACUCCCCCUUGUAUUAAACCUUUUAAAUACC